CAUCUCUCUCCACUUCCCCACAAUUCUAGAAUUUUCUCAUCUCUCUCUCCCCACACACACAAAAAUCUCUCUCUCUCUCUUCGUCCGCACACAAAUCUCUCUCUGUCUCUCUCUCUCUCUCGUGUAUCGUUGAUCAGCGAUGACGGUUUUGAGGUCUAGAGAAGUGAAAUCGGUUGUAGAACCGGUUUCUAAAAGCAAUUCCCCUAAUUCUGAAAACCUAAAACAACCUAGGGUUUCGUCAAUUGAGCCCGAAACGCCUCGUAACAUUGGCGAAACGCAGGCGGCUGAUGCGUCUAACACCGCUACGCAAAUGACGGGUGGAUCUACUGUGUCUGGUACUGUGCGGCGGAGUAGCCGCCUGGCUUUGAAAGCUUGUGGUAGUGGUGCUGAGAGGAGUCAGUCGGUUUCGAGGGUUUCGAGUCGAAAGAAGAGGAGUGUUAAGUUAAGUGGUGGUGGGAGUGGUAAGAGUGAGGGGCGAGUGGAAAUGGAGAAUGCUGUUGUUGAGGAUUCGGUGGAUGGUGAUUUGGUGUCUAAGAAGGGGGAAUUAGGGUUUGAAGGCGAAAGUGGAGUGGCGGUUGGUGAUGGGAUGAUCAGUGAGGUUUCCAAGGGGAAUGGUGAGGGGGAUUUAGGGGGUGAAGUUGGAUGUGAGGAGGCGGUUGUUGAUGGAAUUAUCGGUGAGGUUUCCAAGGGGAAUGGCGAGGGGGAUUUAGUGGGUGAAGUUAAAUGUGGGGAGGGGGUUGUUGAUGGGAUGAUCGGUGAGGUUUCCAAGGGGAAUGAUGAGGGGGAUUUAGGGGGUGAAGUUGAAUGUGGGGAGGCGGUUGUUGAGGGUUCGGGUGGUGAUACGGCGAGCAAUGAGGUGGUAAAGAAGGGGAAUGGGAAAGGGAAGAGGAAGGUAGGGUUUGAGGGUCUGGGAGAGGGUGAGGAAGAUGGAAGGUGUUUGAGGUUGCGGUCGGGGAAGAAGGUUGUGAUGCGUGGUGGAGUGAGGGGUUCUGUUGAUAACGAGGAACUGUUGGAUAGGGUUACUGCAGGAUGUGAUGAUGUGGAGGAGAAAGGUGAAGGUGAUUGUGGAGAGGAGGAAACUGGGGCUCCGGGAGAUUUGCAGUCGAAUUUAAGUGAACGACUAAACAAUGAGAUGAUGAGGAACAGUGAUAAGGGUAAAGGGAGAUUAAGCAGGAAAGAUAAAGGGAAGGGAAAGUUGGUUGAUAUGGUGAUCGAACCCGAGGCCCGUGAAGCUGGAGUUUUAGACAGUGAGAAUGUUUUAGUGAAAGAGGAUGGUUCAUCAUACAGUAUAAAUAAUAUAAGUUCAUCAGAGAGUGAUGAGGAUGAUGUAAUGAAGGAGGGUGGUUCACAGAUUUCAAAGCCUCGUAUAGGAAAUCAUGUACAAGGAAUUGAUGCUAUAGCAGAUAGAUAUCGAGCUAUUGUCGGAAAACGAAACAAGGGUCCUAAAGGUGAAGAAAUUGAUGCUUGGGAUGAAUUGAUUUCAAAAUGUGUUGAUAGCAUGAAGGCAUUAUUAACCAUGAAUGAGAAAGUAAGCCCUACUCAGAAGCAUAAAGGGAUAUUAAAUGAUGAGUUGGUUGGCCCUUCUGGCGUGGGUAGAAGGAGACUGAGCAGACAACAAAAAGGAAAAUGGAUAGCACCUGAGACUGUGGUAAAAUCGGGGACUCGUAAAGUUGCAUUUUCGGAUGGUGGCAAUGCUGAAAUGCAGGAUGGUAUUCCAGAGGUCCAGAGAGCUGAAAGAUCAAAUGGUGACACUGUCCCAGUGCAGGAUGGUACACAGCUACAGGAGAAUGAUGUAGGAGAUCAUGUUGCAAGAACCAGGGAUAGGUUUCGAGCUCAAGCCAGAAGAAGUGCUUCAAAAUUUGCUUAUUUCUCCACUGUGGAGGAAGAACAAAACAAUCUUGCAGGUGCGGCUGAAACAGAAAUGACACAAAGAGAAAUAAAUGUCGAAAUGGAAGACUGGCCUGGUCCGUUCUCAACUGCUAUGAAGAUCAUUCGGGAACGAGGAACGAAUGUGAACUUGCAACAGAAGAAAGGGAAAGAAACUUCACAAGUUAUGUGGGUUCCCAAACAGGAGAAGGAUCGUAAGAGUUCUGAUGUGUCUGUUCCUAUGUUGCUAGAACUAUGCUUGAGAACUCUUACCAAAAAUGCAGAUGCUUUAACAUCUUUGGACUACGUUCCCGAUGUAUUAAGGCAUAAACUUAGCCAUAUGCUUUGUGAUAUGCGAAGAAUGAACAGUCAUUUUCUUGAACUCCUUGUGAGAGGGUCUCCCGCAGAGAUACGCAUAAGAGAUUGCUCUUGGCUAUCAGAAGAAGAUUUUACAAAGAUUUUUGCAGAGGCUGACAUCAAUAACUUAGCGGUGCUUCAACUUGAUCAAUGUGGACGUUGUAUGCCAGAUUAUAUCCUAUAUUCGACAUUAGGCCGAUCACCAAAUUGCCUGCCCUUGUUAACUACUUUAUCGUUGAAGGGUGCAUGCCGUCUUUCAGAUGCUGGGCUGAGCACACUUUUAUCUUCUGCACCUGCUUUGAGAUCUGUAAAUCUCAGUCAGUGCUCUUUGCUCACCGUUGAUGGGAUGAACAGCAUAGCUGAUUCAUUAGGAUCAGCUUUGCGAGAAUUAUACAUAGAUGACUGUGAAAGUAUAGAUCCUAUUUCAAUGUUGCCUGCACUGUCAAAGCUGGAACAUUUGGAAGUGUUAUCUCUUGCUGGGCUCCAUGCUGUUUGUGAUGAUUUUAUUUGUCAAUUAAUUGCUUUGCGCGGACACAAUCUGAAAGAGCUCGUUUUGGCAGACUGCGUGAAUUUGACUGAUCUUUCUCUUAAAAUCAUCUCCAAAAGCUGUACUGGGAUGAGGGCAUUAGAUUUGAGUAACUUAUGCAAGCUGACUGAUAUUGCGCUUGGAUAUCUUGCUAAUGGAUGUCAGCUUAUUAGAACAUUAAAACUCCGUCGCAAUGUCUUCAGUGAUGAAGCUCUUGCUGCUUAUCUGGAAAUUAGUGGAGCGUCGUUAGAGGAAUUGUCGCUCAAUAAUGUCGGCAAGGUAGCCCAAAACACUGCCGUAUCACUCGCCAAAUGCUCAAAGUACUUGCAGCAUUUGGAUAUUUCGUUCUGCCGGAAUUUGUCAGAUGAAGCUGUAGGACUUGUUGCAGAUAGCUGCUUGUCCUUGAAAACAUUGAAAUUGUUUGGGUGCACCCAGAUCACAAAUCUUUUUUUGGAUGGCCACUCAAAUGAGCAGCUACAAGUUGUUGGAUUGCAGUUGACACCCAUAUUAGAAAAUAUCAAGGUACCUGAACUUGUAGGACCAUUACGGUACUCUUCAGUGCCUUCUCAGUAAAUUCCUGUCUUGGAUUGGAAAGCAGAAGUUUAUAUCACAUCUUCAAAACGCUUGUUUGUGCAUUUUGUUCGUUUAUUGACUAAGCCGAAAAUUUCAAGGCUCUUUUUAUUGUAGGGAUUUUUUUCUAUGUUUCAUUUUGUCCAGAGAAUUUGAUAUCAUAAAAACUUUUCAGAGUUCUUUA